AUGGUACAGAAAGACAUGAAGCUCUGGCCAUUUAAAGCGAUUCCUACUGCUGAUGGAGAUAAUUUCAAGAAGAUUGUAAUUGUAGUUACUUACAAGGGUGAAGAGAAGCAAUUUGCUCUAGAGGAGAUAUCGUCAAUGCUUCUCAUCAAGAUGAAACAGAUAUUAGAGACAUAUCUUGGUUCAGAAGUUAAGAAUGUUGUUGUUACCAUUCCUGCCUACUUUAAUGAUGCCCAACGACAAGCAACUAAAGAUGCUGGUGUUAUUGCUGGCCUGAAUGUUAUGAGGAUUAUUAACGAGCCAACAGCAGCUGCCAUUGCUUAUUGUCUUGAUAGGCAAUGUACUAGCAAUGGUGCAACAAAGAAUAUUUUGGUUUUUGACCUUGGUGGUGGAACUUUUGAUGUCUCUUUGGUCGCAAUCAAGAAGGGUGUUUUCGAAGUAAGUGGUGAUACCCACCUUGGUGGAAGAGAUUUUGACAAUAGAUUAUUGAGUCAUUUCAUUGCCGAGUUUGAGAGGAAACACAACAAAGAUAUAAGUGCCAAUCGCAGGGCUGUUGGAAGGCUAAGACCUGCUUUAGAUUUCUCUUGUAGCAUAACUCGUGCACGAUUUGAAAAGAUGAACAAGGAAUUGUUCCAAGAUUGUAUGUUACCUGUUCAAAUGUGUUUGAGAGAUGCCAAGAUGGAAAAGAGUGAAAUUCAUGAUGUUGUUCUUGUGGGUGGAUCAACUCGAAUACCAAAGAUUCAGCAACUAUUGCAAGAGGUGAGAGACCCACAUGUAUUUUCCCUGCAUAACAUUCCUCCAGCACCUCAAGGCGUCCCUCAGAUUGAUGUCUGGUUUAACAUCGAUAUUGAUGGCAUCUUAACAGUGUCUGCAGAGCUUGUUGGCACCAACAACAAGAACCAAAUCACCAUUACCAAUCAUAGUGGGAGGUUAUCAAAGUAG